ACUCACGGCCGCCAUGAUGCUUGUUUGCCUUCAGUGAGAAAGAGCAGCGGAUCAGAAACAAAAGAAACGCGCACUCGUCUUUGUGAACUGGUAUGAGCUUACAGUAUUACAGGGAUGCCAAAGGAAAAAUAUGACCCGCCUGACCCAAGGCGGAUGUACACACUAAUGUCCAGUGAGGAGGCGGCCAAUGGGAAGAAGUCAUAUUGGGCAGAGCUGGAGAUUGUUGGAAAAGUGAGGAGUUUAAGUUCAGCAUUAUGGUCCCUUACCCACCUCACUGCUCUUCAUAUCAGUGAUAACUCACUUUCACGAAUCCCACCCGACAUUGCCAAACUACACAACUUGGUGUACCUGGACCUCUCGUCCAAUAAGAUCAGGAGCCUGCCUGCCGAGCUAGGCAACUUGGUUAAUCUCAGGGAACUGCUUUUAAAUAACAACCAGUUACGAGUUCUGCCUUUUGAGCUUGGAAAACUCUUUCAGUUACAAACGUUGGGUUUGAAAGGAAACCCACUUGCACAAGAAAUCUUGAACCUCUACCAAGAGCCUGAUGGGACACGUCGGCUACUCAACUACCUGCUGGACAAUCUUGCAGGCACCAAACGUGUACCUAUAGAACAGCCACCACCUCGCUCAUGGAUACCACUGCAGGAGCCCGACAGAACACGGCCAGCAGCACUUUUCUCUGUAAUGUGCUACAAUGUGCUGUGUGACAAGUACGCCACACGCCAGCUCUAUGGCUACUGUCCCUCCUGGGCCCUCCACUGGGACUACAGGAAGAAGUCCAUCAUGCAGGAGAUUCUCAACUGCAGUGCGGAUAUCAUCAGCCUACAGGAAGUGGAAACGGAGCAGUACUACAACUAUUUCCUGGUGGAGCUGAAGGAACAUGGUUAUGAAGGAUUCUUCAGUCCUAAGUCCCGAGCCAGGACCAUGUCUGAAUCAGACCGCAAACAUGUGGACGGCUGCGCAGUCUUCUAUAAAACAGAGAAGUUCAGUCUGGUGCAGAAACACACCGUGGAGUUUAACCAGCUGGCUAUGGCAAAUUCAGAAGGUUCAGAGGCCAUGUUGAACAGGGUGAUGACAAAGGACAACAUCGGAGUCGCUGUACUACUAGAGCUGCGGAAAGAGAUGAUGGAGCAUUCUGCUGGAAAGCCUCUGCAUGGCAUGGAGAAACAGCUCCUCCUUGUGGCCAAUGCUCAUAUGCACUGGGACCCCGAGUACUCGGAUGUUAAGCUUGUCCAGACCAUGAUGUUUCUGUCUGAAGUGAAGAACAUUGUGGAUAAAGCCACUCGCAGUCUCAAGCUCUCCUCCAUCUCAGGAGAAACCAAUGCCAUCCCUCUCGUCCUGUGCGCUGACCUCAACUCUCUACCUGAGUCGGGUGUGGUGGAGUACCUGAGCACAGGUGGUGUGGACAGCACCCACAAGGACUUCAAAGAGCUGCGAUAUAUUGACAGCUUGACCAACUUCAACUGCAACGGCAAGAACGGCACCUCCAGCACCAGGAUCACGCACGGCUUCAAGCUGAAGAGUGCCUAUGAGAAUGGCCUGAUGCCUUACACCAACUACACGUUUGACUUUAAGGGCAUCAUUGACUACAUCUUCUACUCUCAGCCUUUGCUUAACGUGCUGGGUGUGCUGGGUCCCUUGGACCCCCACUGGCUCCACGAGAACAAUGUCACUGGCUGCCCCCAUCCCCACAUCCCCUCUGAUCACUUCUCCCUGUUUGCACAACUGGAGCUGCUUCUGCCCUAUCUGCCUGCUGUCAACGGCAUUCAUCUGCCUGGUCGCAGGUAGUUCUCAGAGCCAGCAGGGGAGCUCUGGCCCCUGCCUUUUGCUCUCAUAGUGGAGAGAGAAUGAGGCAAGGGCUGUUGUGUAUAAAUCUGAAUCCCUUAAGAGGAGAUGGGGUAUGGUAAACUUUUAUUCCCACGGAUUUUAACUGAAGCAGACGCUAAUGUCAGUCUUAUCUCUACCACCUCCCACCCACUUUUUCUUUCUUUUGUUUUUCAUUUUUCCUUUUCUACCUUCCGUUUCUGGGCACAAUUAACAUUCUGUACUUUUUUUCAAAACCCUAAGGGCCCUGAGUGAUCAUGUAAGUUUUACCUAAAGACAGAAAAAAAAGCUUUUUUUAAUAUAAAUAACUAAAUGGCAAUAUCUUUGAAACUCAUGCAGGGAGUCCAGAUAAAGCAAGUUAUCAUGAAAUGCAUAAUUUGGAUCAUGCUACUAUGAGGCCAGUUUAGAGCAAGCAGCUAAAUUUGAUGACGAAAAAAAAAAUUUCACCAGCUUAGGUCAGAUAGUCCGAUCUCCAGGAGCAACCCUUUAAAAAAGGGCUUUUAACGUGUAAAGAGAGCUGGCCGAACUCUUACAUUUGCGCUCAGUGGUGCUGAGGCCUCUCCACGGAUGCUCUAGCUGUUCACCAGUGAUGGGUUUGCACGGCCCGCCAUCACCAACUAGCGGGCCUUGUCCAUCUUGUAAUUAAGUCCAUUGGAUGCCAGUGCAAUCGCACCUUUUUGUAUUCAUGCUUUUAAGAAAGCAACGUUUCAAGAGCCAAAAUGGCCGAUUUAUGGAGUUGUCUAGCUUCAUGUGCCAUAGAGCCCUCCUUGAGCUGAGGUGCCCGCCUGUCUGGUGCGUACGGCUGAGAAAGGGUUUCCGUGAAGAGAAAUCAUCUGGAAUGGCCAGCUUCGUGUUAGCGUGUGCCAGUAGCCUUUGCACCUGAGGAAGUUCGGCAGGAAAUCAUGCAGAAAAUAUGCUAGAACAGGCAAAGACAAGCACAUCCCACCCAUAGACGGAUAAAUUAAACUCUCAAUGUGACCAGUAGACGCCUCGCCCAGCCAAGACUUUUUUUUUUUUUUUUUUUUUUUUGUCUCUACAUGAUUGUAUACAAAAGUCCUGAUCUACAGGUUUUUUUUUUUUGUACGUACACUUUUUUGGAUUUGGAUGAAAAAUGAUUGUAUUGUAAAUGAAAGCUAAAUUUCUAUCCGUUUUAGAUGUUCAUCCUAACGAACAUUCAAAAGACCAGCGUGUAAAAUAAUUUUUGUCAGGUCUCUGCUGUGUAAAGUUGCACUUGUCCAGGUUCCCGUUUUUACCCAGUGCGCAUCUCUCCCUCUCUCUCUCUCUCUCUCUCUCUCUCUCUCUCUCUCUCUCUCUCUCGAUUUAUUAUUAUUUUGGACGUAUAAUUUCAGUGAUCCCGUUACCCUUCACUGUGCCUCACUGAUUCGUUUCUCUAAGCGCACUGCCAGUGCUAUCAGUGAACACAUGAACCGCCUCAAUCUCUGUACAUCUUCACCAUCCUUAUACAAUAUCCUCAUUUCUGUUUGGGUUUUUUGUAUUCGCUAUCGAAUAUCUUAUUCUUCUGAUCUUUUUGGGUGUCUACAAAGUCGAGUAAAGUGAGUGUUUCUGCUGUGCCGAUCCGCGCUCGUGAAAUCCUAUUGUUCUCCUGUAGUUCCUCUAUUUAUUGCAUUUUUUUUCUCCCCAUUUGAAUUCUCCAUUUACUGCCACUUCCUCCCUCUCGACUCUGGCAAUUCUCUUUAACCGUAUAUUUUGCUUGUGUAUUUCUCUCAUUCUGUAUUUCACUUCCUGCUAGAUCAUGGUUAUCUCCUCGUGUCGUGCCAACUAAUGCAUUCUGCCACAAGGCUAAGUUGUAGAGCUCGAUUUACUACUGUAAAGCCUGUUCUCUGACCUGAUGAAAACAUGCAUGGUGAUUUUUUUGUUUUUUUUUUGGUCUGUUUUCUGCUCUAAACGCGAGGCCAGAAUACCGUUACUGUAGCGCGGUCUGAUUUUUAACUUUGUCUACGGUGGCAUCGUCGUUUAUUGCCACGUGCUCGCGAAGCCAAUUUGUUUUCCGUUUUCCCCAUCCCUCUUGAGUUUGUCAUGUUUUAAAAAUGGAAUGGAUUGACAAGCACUUAUUGUAGAUCGCUGGUGCAGCUACUCAUUGCUUUUUUAAAAAAAAUGAAAACAUUUGCCAUGAGGCAGAGGUCAAUUUUAAUGACUUUUAUUAAGCAAGAGUAAAUAGAUGAACUUGGGGAGGACCAUCUUAUAGUUCCCCUUUUGGUGUCUCUUUUUAUUCCUCACAUUAUCUCAGUCAGUUUUGUUUUUCUUCUGGUUGUUUUUAAUUGAAAGCAACUUGUCUGGUUAUAUUGGAUUGCUGAUGGUGUUGUAGUAAAAAGAUUUUUGUAAAGUGUGAAUAAAUAAUGUAUCACGUUUCCUUUCUUUGACUUGAAUUGUGUUGAUGUGUGUAUUAUAUCUAAUAGUUUGUCACUUUCAUUUUGCUUUUGUUUUGUAAUACUCAAAAACCAAAUUUUUUGUAAAAAUGUUGGCACACUGAAUUCUAGAUUUAUAUUGUUGCUAACCUUCACUUCGAGAUACUUUUGAGAAAAAAAA